CAUCCCCAGAAUAAAGACAGACCCAGGGUAGCUCACAGCAUCCCUCACCCGGCUGCUUGUACGGACCCUUCUCUUAUCACUUCCACUUCGCUGUGGUCCCGGGAAUGGAUUGUUACUCUUUAUAUUCUAUGCAAGGACACGCUGUCUGCAUUUUGAGCUUCUACGUGAUCCACAUGUUAAUGCAUAUGCCUAGAUUUUAAUUUUGAAAUCCAACCAUGAAGAGGUUUGAAAGUACAGACAUGGAUCGGUCCGUCACCUCAGAGACCACAUUAACACUGGAGACUGAGGACUACCUGAGCGAGGAUGAGAACCCCCAGCCAGUCAAAACCCCCAAGAACAAACCCAAAAGCAUGCUCCUGGGAAAUGCCUUUGGGAAUAAGGAGAAAGACAGCAGCAAAGCACCCAUGGAUACAGUUUGCCAAGAAGAAAGGGCAGCAGUGAAAGUGAGGGUUAACGUCAAUUUCGACCGGAUAACUUCUGGAGAUGCUGCUAUGAGCAGUAAGGACCGCUACCCACAUGGCAGGUUUGAUAUGAAAACACUGUUUGCUGCUGUUGCCUCUGGAGAUGUGUCCCAACUGGAGGGAUUGUAUGAAUAUCUGAGGAAGAACCAGAAACGCCUCACAGAUUCAGACUUUAUAGAUUGUAGCAAUGGGAAAACCUGCUUACUGAAGGCUCUGCUAAACCUGAAGAAAGGAAGAAACGAUACAAUCGAGCUGCUGCUUGAUAUCGCCGAAAAAACGGACGACUUGCCAAAGCUUGUGAACUCAGUAUAUACUGACUGCUACUUCAAAGGACAGUCAGCAAUCCAUAUUGCUAUAGAGAGAAGGAGCAAGUACUAUGUGGAGCUACUGGUAUCAAAGGGAGCCAACGUUCAAGGCAAAGCCAGCGGGAAAUUCUUCCAACAAAAGAAGGGGAAUGGCUUUUAUUUUGGUGAGUUUCCCUUAUCCUUGGCUGCCUGUACUAACCAACUGGACAUCGUGACAUUCCUGAUGGUAAAUCCCUAUCAAAAAGCCGACAUCACAGCCCAGGACUCCAUUGGGAAUAUGGUUCUGCACGUGCUGGUCACCAUUGCUGACAAUACUCCAGAGAACACCAACUUCGUCACCAUGAUGUACGAUGCGAUUCUGCUGCGGGCUGCCAAGCUUCACCCAAAGCUUUGUCUGGAAGACAUUGCCAAUAAUGAAGGACUGACUCCAUUAAAGCUUGCAGCAAAGACCGGGAAGAUUGGGAUCUUCAGGCACAUUAUCAGGCGAGAGAUCGACGAUAAGGAGUGCAGACACCUGUCCAGGAAGUUUACAGAAUGGGUGUACGGACCAGUGCAUUCAUCUCUGUAUGACAUGAACAGCAUCGACUCCUACGAGGACAACUCGGUGCUGGAAAUCAUUGCGCACGGUUGUGAAAUACCAAAUCGACAUGAGUUACUGCAACUGGAGCCUCUCAAUAAACUCCUGCAGGAGAAAUGGGACAGAUUCGCUGGCUUUAUGUUUUACUUUGAUUUUUUCUGCUAUGUUGUGUACCUGGUCAUAUUUACAACUGUUUCCUACUACAGACUGGAAGGAAAGCCUCCUUUUGAAAUCGAGGCCAGUGUGAGUGGAAAAUUGCGUCUUGCUGGACAACUGAUAAGUGUUGCAGGAGCUCUUUAUUUUUUCUUCAAAGGGAUUAAAGACUUUGUCAUUAAGCGUCCAACAUUUCAGAGUUUAUUGCUAGACGGCUAUUGUGAUAUUCUUUUUUUUUUGCAGGCGCUCAUGUUCCUCACCUCCUCUGUGCUGUAUACCUCUGGCAUGGAAGAGUAUGUCGCUCUGCUGGUCCUGUCUCAGGCUCUUGGCUGGAUCAACUUGCUUUACUUCUCCAGAGGGUUCCAGCACAUGGGCAUCUACAGUGUUAUGAUACAGAAGAUGAUCCUGAGAGAUAUUAUGCGCUUUCUGUUUGUCUACAUGGUGUUCCUCUUUGGGUUUUCUACAGCCUUGGUGACCUUGAUUGAAGACGAUCCACCUCAAGGACAAAACGCAACUGAAGGAAGUAAACAGCAAGACUGCAAAAGAGAAACAUACAACAAUAUCUAUUUCACCACCAUGGAGCUGUUCAAGUUUACCAUUGGAAUGGGCGACCUGGAAUUCACCGGACAAUACAAGUUCAAGUUUGUCUUUUACUCCCUGCUCAUCUGUUACAUCAUCUUGACCUACGUUCUCCUGAUCAACAUGCUGAUCGCGCUGAUGGGAGAGACCGUGGACAAGAUUUCGAAGGAAAGCAAGAGCAUUUGGAAGCUUCAGAGAGCCAUCACAAUUUUGAACCUCGAGAAAAGAUUGCCCAACUGCCUGAAGACCAAACUACGAUCAGGAGUGAUAAAGGAGCUUGGUCUCACCGCUGGAGAAGACAGCAGGAGGUGUUUCAGAGUUGAGGAAGUGAACUGGACUCACUGGAACUGCAAUCUGGGCAUCAUUAACGAGGAUCCUGGACACGGGACGGGUCCGAGUAUCACUUCUCCAGAACCAACACCUAGGACUAGAGAGCGGAGCUGGCGCAGAAUAAUUCCAGUGUUGAGGCAGCUGAAUCAGGAGCUGCGCCCCCCUGGGAACCAGCAGCAGCAGCAGGAGGAGGAGGAGGAGAUGCUAACCAUCCGUGCCUCCUCGUCACAGAGCGAGCACAGAGACUAGCUGGGACUGUGUUUCCACUGCACCGUCUCAAACGGUUUUGAUACACUCCAUCAGCCUUAAAAGUCACUUUGGGUACCACAAUACCACUACUGUACAGACACCCAGUAUUCACUGUCAGAUAACUUAGAAGUACCAAGCUUUGCAUGACCUGAAUGGACCCAUGUCCCAAUAUAGGCGAUCUAGGAGAACUGUUUUUAGAAGGUGUUUUUUUUUUUUACUGUCUUAUGGUCCUGGUUUCUGUUGCAGCAAUAUUGAGUUCUUAUUCCCUUUGUCUUUACCUGGCUUUGAGCUUGUCUGGAGAAUCCCAAGUUGCAGGAUUCAUAUCAUGGGACAAUGCCACUCUGUCAGCCCCACCUACUUCCUCACCAGAGAGGUGGGACCAGCAGUGUGGAAUCACAUUGCCACUUGAGUUGAACACGGCAGAAUGUUCAAUGCAGACACUUUGGAUACAUCAGAUAAGAUCAAAGCCAGUCCGGUAUUUACAAUGUUUGAAAUAGAGGAUGGUCUCCGGUUUACAUCCAUUCAGUGUUGUAGAGAGGACAGUAUGUGACAUUUCUACUUACCAUUCAAAUCCAGUUAGGGUGAGAUACAGCUUUUGGCAUUUUAUAUAAAUUCAACACAGAUGAUUUCUCUGCAACAAAUAAUAAAAUUAGCAUUGUAUUUGCACUCAAUUAUCAAAUAACAUUUGAUCUACUCAUAAUUCUGUCUAAACAGGAAAUGUUUAUGUCUGCCUGUAUAUAAUAUGUAAUAUGUGAUGCAAAUAAAAUGAAUAGGAUUGAAUACAUCUUUAUUUAUUUCUGCUCAUUUUUUGUUGUUUUAUUUAUUUAUUUUUAAAUCUUCUAUACCUCAUAUAGAGGCUAUCUAGAUGCAUCGAAUUUUCAUGAAAACAUAUGGCAUGGCCAAAGAAAAGCAAAACAGCACCCUCUCCUGGUCAAAUUCACUGAAAUAUAUUAGCAAAUACCA